GAAUUCUGUUGGCUUAUUGAGGCCACAAAGUUCUGUCUUUUGCUAGAUAUUUUUUGAAGUUGCCCUGUUCUUGUUCGACAAAAAGUCCCACUGUAAAAAACAUUAAUUUAUCUCUGCAAAAUAAUUAUUCGGAGUGGUUGACGUUAUAUUUUGUUACAGCUCAAUAAAGCAUGUAAAUUUCAUCAUUUUUAAAUUAUUGCAGCCUAAUAAAGUAGAGGAGCUUGUACCAGUUUUGCUGCUGCUUAUGAUGGUGAACAUUAGCUGAAAAACAUGAGACUCUCUUGCAUUAUAGCCUCAAAUUUCUUGAUUUUACUUGUUUCUAUGCUCAAAUCAUUCAGUCAAGAACAAGUAAACAUCAUAAGAUCAGAUUUUCCACCAGAUUUUCUCUUUGGGGCUGCUACUUCUGCUUAUCAAGUGGAAGGAGCAGUUCUUGAAGAUGGUAGAAGUCUGAGCAACUGGGACAUUUUUUCUCAUAUUGAAGGUAACGUAGCAGAUGGGAGCAAUGCUUAUAUAGCUGAUGAUCACUACCAUCGUUACCUGGAAGAUAUUGAGAUUAUGCAUUCACUUGGAUUGACUGCUUACCGAUUUUCGAUUUCAUGGAGUAGAAUUCUCCCUAGAGGGAGAGAUGGCCCCGUUAACAAAGUUGCUGUCCAAUUUUAUAGGAAAAUUAUAUAUAAUCUCUUAACCAGAGGUAUUCACCCUUUUGUGACUCUUUUCCACUUCGAGUAUCCUCAAGAACUCGAAGACAGAUUCGGGGGAUGGCUCAGCCCUCUCAUGCAGGAAGAGUACCUCCAUUUUGCUGAAACAUGUUUCGCAUAUUUUGGUGAUCAAGUAAAGUAUUGGAUCACAAUCAAUGAGCCCAACUUGUUUUCAGAAAUGGCAUAUGAGAGGGCAAACUACCCGCCUGCUCGCUGCUCGCCACCUUUUGGUGACUGUGUUAGUGGGAAUUCAGAUGUUGAGCCCCUGAUCGUCGUGCACAACAUGUUGUUGGCCCAUGCCAAAGCUGCUAAGCUGUACCGCGAGAGGUUUAAGUCGAAAGUGGAUGGUGUAUUGAGCAUCGCUGUCUGUGCUUUCAUGUAUGUGCCAAUGACAGACGGCGAGAAGGAUAAGGCAGCUGCAGAUAGAGCAUUAGCUUUCAAUGUUGCCUGGACGCUGGAUCCACUUGUGUUUGGGGACUACCCUCCGGAAAUGAGGAGUAUCCACGGACCCGAGUUACCAAGUUUUUCUGCAGAGGAAAGGGUGCUUUUGAGGGACAGCAUAGACUUUAUUGGGAUAAACCAUUAUGGCACACUUUAUGCAAAGGAUUGCACCCAUUCCGUUUGUGUCUGCAACAUAUCUAGUUGCGUCCAAGGCAGCGACCGUGCAAUCCGGGGCUUCACCUACACUGGUGGAGAGCGUGAUGGUGUUCCAAUUGGGGAGCGAACGGGAAUGCCCCGAUUCUUCGUGGUGCCUAGAGGCAUGGAGGAAAUUGUCCAAUAUGUGAAGGAUAGGUACAAUAACAAGACAAUGAUCAUCACAGAGAAUGGUUAUGCAUCACCGGGCAAUGAAGAAAACGACUUUGUGCAUGACGAAAAGAGGAUUCAGUACCAUCAGUCAUAUCUUGCAUAUCUUGCUCAAGCUAUGAGGAAAGAGGCGGAUGUGCAGGGCUAUUUUGUAUGGAGCUUGAUUGAUAAUUUUGAAUGGGCGAGUGGGUAUGGUCCCAAAUUCGGGUUGUACCAUAUCGAUCGUCCAACGUUGAAUAGAAUUCCCAAGAACUCUGCACGUUGGUACGGAGAUUUCUUAAGCAACUGCAGCCUUGUUGAUGCAUCAAUCAUUCAAUCUCAAUACAAAGAAAAACAAGACAUUAUGAUGUGCAUGUAACCAUGGGAUCAAAAUUUAGAGAUCAAUAAGAAUUGGCUUUUAUA